AGGCAUUUUGUUUUUGGAAGGGUGACAUGGAAGCGCACUGGCUAAGCCACCGCUUGAUUCGCUAUUACAAGUGCAACCAAUGCUGCGAUUGGUGUUUGGCAACAUGUUCCCAGAACCUCUCAGAAUUGAGUUGGGGUGACCUUACACUGCGCUCCCUUUGGCGGGCGACUAUGACCAUGCAUGACAACAACGACCCAAGUCCGUGGACUGCCGUCGCUGGUUUUGAAAAGAAGUACGGUCUUUUAGAUGUCCUUCAUUUGGUGCAUCUAGGCACCCUGCGUGACCUGUGCGCGGGUGCCAUCAUCGACACCUUGGAAGAGGGUUCACUGCAGAAGUACUAUGGAUUACAGGGAAGGCCUUUUGAUGAGGUGUUGUUCGCGUUUUCUCACCAUGCACAUGCGUGGGCCAAAGACAAUGAUCUUGAACUUGGCAUUGGAACGCUCGAUAUGGGGCGGCUGGGCAGACCAAAUCACCUACACUGGCCUAUGCCUCAGCUGGACUCCCAGAUAAAAGCAGGGAGGGUGAGGACCCUGUUGGCGUUCAUCACGUUCGUCAUGGUCCAGUUGAUCGAUUCAAAUUUGGUGCCGCAAAACAAAAUCAUGUACGGAAAAGUUCGAGCUUGUUGUUGCUGGACGCUGGACACAGCAUUGUCAAUUUGGAACCAAUGCAAGUCCGUGGCGAUGUCGCCAGGAGAUGUUACCACUGCUUCUUGGCUGUGCCGUGUGCACAGUGCGUCUUACCAAUACCUGGCAGUACAGUCCCUUCGUGAGCGCCGCCUGCUUUGGAAGGUCAGGCCUAAGUCGCACUACUUCGUACAUUUUGUGGAUUUUUAUGAAACUACCGGGCUUUCACCAAUUCACAUGAGCGCUUUUUUAGAUGAAGAUUUUAUGGGCAAGGCUCGCAAAAUCUGUUUGAGUUGUCACGGUGCAACAUUCAUGAAGCAAUGGGCGCGCCGCUACGUUUUGAAGAGAGCGCUACAGUGGCGAAAGAAAUAGAGUGGAAAACAUCACGCUCACUUUAGAACUCACAUGGAAGUGUUUCCAGGGAAACGCGCGCGUGAAAACACGGUGUUUUU